CACCAGCACCCAUAUUUAGUACCAACUCUUGUUCUCUGCCCGUCACAUUGCUGUUGCACUUAUUAGAACACAUCCUUCAUCAGAGGCUGCUGAGUUUCUGAGUGGUAUAUGAACUCAUUUUUCAUAACUCUUUUGUCGAGGCCACUCCUGUAUGCAUGCACACACACACACUUUAUCAGCAUAUGGGUUGUUAGCUGUUGGGGUGGAACCGAUGAUGAAACCACUUCCUGUCCUUGUAGCGAGUUGCUAUAGUGCUGAAGCCACAUUGUGUUUUUUGUCUCAGCCAGUUAAUAAUAACCAUAAUGCUACAUGCAGGUCUGUGUAGUUAUGUAUUAUGUAAACCAGCAAUAGACAGCAUGUCUCUUUCCAGAAAUCGUGACUAUUGAUACUCAAGAUAAUCCACAGACCUUGUUGUGAGCAGUUUCUUGAAGGAAUUAUUUGUCUUUCAACUCUAGCAGCAUGUGUUUACACUCGGUAUAUCUUGAGUAGCUCGUGUAGCAUAGAAGUGCUAACGCUAGCUGAUUCAGUGGUAGCAUUCCCUGCCAUCGUUGGCUCCACAGGUUUUUACACAGAAACGUUUAAGACUAUCACUUUCCAACCUCUCAGGGUAACGAGCAUCACGAUCACACAACGUUCAACCACGACUAGCUCCAAAUCAACUAAACCAGCCUAAAAAAAAUCAAGAUUAAUCUGAAACCAUUGCAUGACAACAGAUCCGGAUAGUUGGUUGGUCCCUGGUCAAAGCCGCCUGCCCCGCUAUGAUUGGUCAGCCUGUGUUACAGGGGCGGGACUCAGCAAAGGCAAUGAUAAAUUCAGUUGCACAAGCCCAAUGCUUGGACUGUAGCAAAAAAGUUUAAGACGCUGACGUGUUUGAGGACAAUCUGUAUGGGCGGUUCUACAGAAAUGGCUCCUUCAGUUCUCCCACACUUUGUUUGAGACGUAGCCCUUUCUCUCUGUAGAAUUGUGCCCAGAGAUCGUCAUAAAGGUUUCAAAUGGCACAUAAAUGGUUUAGUGUUUCAGCCUCGGUUCAAGGUCCUCAUUAUGUGACAGGAUCGGAGCACAGGAUCUGAUGUUUAACUACAGCAAGCUGUAAAACCAUUAACCUCUGAUAUUCAACAAGCUUAGGGAAUGUUUACACCGGCUGCCUGCUGCCUCUUGUACCAUCGCACUUAAAUAGGCUAAAUCCUGCGUUCACACGGUGGCUAUUUGUAGCAGAUCCCAAGCCAGAUGUUAUUUCUGUGUUUGCACAGGCACACGACUGGGCCCGCAGCCAGAUCUCUGCAACCGAUAUUUCCUUUUUCUGGUCCCUUUUGUGCAGAAUCCCCACCAGUGCUCUGUGGUUGACCUUUCACCUCUCUGCAGAGGACAGGCUUGAAAAAGGCAAACAUUAAACAUUGUUUUCCAAACAGGAGAUUUUACUGGGGGCCUGUUUUUAGCAAUGAAUCAUUGUUUAGUGUGCUUGUCUUGUGCAGUCGAGAAAUUUUUUGUCAUGGUACCCCAAGCAACCCAACCCCCAAAAUGACAUGCAUAUGUGCACAGACGAGUUUUGGUUUUCACACUUUUAGAUUUAUUUCUUUAUAUUAAGUUUUUAUUUUUCUGAAAGGCUGAGCUCCUGAAACCUCGUGAGCUGGUAAACGUAUGAGCGCGACACGUUGUAGUUUGUGUUCUUUCAUGGAUGUGUUGACGUAUAGAUACGGUAUGUUCCACUGGACUCGCAACAGCAUGUGUGUGACGAGGCGCCGCACGCCAACACGGCUGAUUUCUGUGCCGCUAAGUCUUCCACUGCAGGGGUCAUUGGUUUAUCAUAUUGUUACCGUGGGCCCAUCACCAGACAUCUCAGAUAAGCUUCAUCUCUGACGGUUACCUUCAGUAGCGGAUGUUUGCUGUUGCAACAAACCUUGUUUCAUUGCCGGCAUGUUGGAGACACUCAGUGGGACUUUACCCAGCAGUGUCAUUAUCAAACGCCACCGGCUGUCACUGAGACUGGUUUGCUGUGCGGCUCUGCUGACACUGUGGUUUUCCUGUGCGUGUCUUGAAACCCUGAAAAAAGUCAGAAAGUAGUACUCAAAAUGUCUCUUGAAAUGCAGCAUGCAUUGUGUUCCACUGAUGUGAAAGAAUUCUUUGUCUGUCUUCCACUCGCUCCGAGGGUCUUCUUCGUAUUGUUUGUGUUCACUGCUGCAGACCAUAAGCAUGCAGACGGGCUAGAUUCCGUCUCCGUUUGAGCUGGAGGCCAAAUCCCAAAGCAGUAGGCUGAAGGUACACGUCACAAAUGUCAUUUGUUGUUGGGCGUCAGAAUCAACUUCGACAUGUUUUCACAUGCCUUUGAGAUGACACGCUGUGAUUGGAAUGUUUCAGAGAGAGCGAGAGAACAUGUUAGUAAUAGUUAAGAUUAGCAUUCUGCACUACAGUGGGAGUUAAAGGACGUAUCCGGAUCAAAGAUGAGUCCUCGAUUCCUUGAAUUGAUGCAGAGGGAGUCACCAUAGACCUGCACAUACAGCCACAAAUAUACACUGUUUGAUUGUAUCAAAAAUACAUGUCCACAAAGGAUUUGAAAUUUCCAUCAUAAACAUAUUUCGAUAUUUUCUUUCGUGCAUCAGCUUGAUUAACGAUGCUGCUACGUCUUUGAAUAUAAUGUCUGUCCAUCAAAGAUGACCAAAGGACGUGUACAGUGUCGUGACAUCACCACCAUUUAAAGGGUUAAAAUCUCUUAAAAAUCACGCCGUUUUGUGAGUUGUCGAGUUAGGGGAAACUUUAUGAAAUGCCGUCUGUGUCAAAUUCUUUAUCGGGGGCUCGUUGUAAAUUUUCCAUAAUUAAGUGAUUUAUUAUUGUCCGUUUGUCCCGGCCGGUCAAAGUACCACUGCAGAUAAACCAGCUGCUCAGAUGAGUGCACUGCACGCACUAAUACUACUACUAAUGUAAAAGCACAGCAUCCAUUAUCUUCCUCCAAUUCAAGCUGAUCACCUGAAGACUUUUUACUUUAACUUUUACUUUGCAAGUGUGUAAUAUGUUUCACACUGUCCGUUUCAACUAGGACCCUGAGGCCUCCCCAACAGUUUAAUGCUUCAUUCAUAACGUUGGCUUACAAAUAUUAUCUUUAAUAACUUACAGAGGCAUUGUCAUUUUUUCAUAAAAUUUACUAAAUAAUGCAGAUAACAGCAACAACAAUUAGAUCUUUAGUCUCCCUGAACAUCUGCACAACGUCUCUUCAGAUGUUGAGUUUGAAGAAACAGAGCAGUAACAUAAUGCACAGCAGCUGUUAUGACUUUAUUAUCAAUAAAUUACAAAAUUUAGUCUUACAAAUAUCACAACUUUAUUCUCAAAAUGUUAUGACCUUAUUAAUACAUAGGUGGGAUACGUCUUGAAUGUGUCUAAAGUUUUGAAGAUGAGCAUAAAUGUUGCUGAAACACAUUUGAGCUAAUAAAGGCCAGGGGCUUAUACAUGUAAUUAAAUUAAUGAAUGUAUUAAUAAAUGUGCCACAUGCACAUUUAAAGAGCUUACUUCCCCAAACAAAAGACACAAGAGAGAGGAGGGAAAGUAAAUCAUUCCUACAUGUGCUGACUCAGCAGGGAAUAAUAAAUAUUUGAAAGCAAAACAGAAUACCUGAGAGCCUUAAAGUCAUUUUAUACUUUGAAAAAAUAAAAUAAGAAAUUGAUGAAACAUUUCCACAAUAAAUUGAUGCAGUAAUUCACCAGAAUGCAGGACAUGAAGUAUUCCCCACAUAACGUGUGUCAAACCUGCUGACUGCUUAUAUAACGUUGAUAACGUUGGUAAUUGCAGUGUCUCCACAGGUUCCGUGCCAUAUUAGAGCGGAGCGUGGAGUACUGCAUGCUGCGAAUGCUGCAGAUUACAUGAAAACUUGAUUGGCAUGCGGUGCACUUUGCACCUCACCUGUUCCCUUAUCGUCUUCAGCCACUGCUUAUGUGGGCUUUGUCAUAAAUGAUGAUGAUAAAUGAUUCCAUCCAAAGGUCCUCCCAAGAUCACACUGACUCACUCAGAGCAUUUCAGCAAUCAUCAACCGCCCCGACUCCACAGAAACCCUCGGACCGACGCAGAGUCCACUCUGAGUGGGCGAGGUGGGGACACGCCUUGAGAACGCUGAGGUUAUCACGGUGGAUCUGAAAUGGUCACUUUGCAGGGAAUCAUUUACAGAUAUGUGACAACGCUGUAGAUAGCGGUGCUUUUUAUCACGUGAAUGAGGUGCAUUUUAUCAGAGCCUCGAUUGGUCACGCCUGUUAUAACUGCUCGGUGCACGUGUUGGCUGUAAACGGGUUUGGAGGUUGAAUCCGUGCCGUCCACCGAGUGGACGGUUCUGUCUAUCAGGCUAGUUUAGAGGCUGUGGAAGACAAAUCACUCUGAGAAAAGGUGAAAUAAUAAUAGUAUCCCAGAAUGUUCUUUUCUGCCUGUAUGUCUGCAACACAUCCACCAGGCUGGACCACAUCUACAAUGUUCACAGCCAAACGAGUGUGAAACUAUCUAAUUAUCUCGAUUGUGCAAGUUUAAAGUACAAUUGGCAGCAACAACACUAGGAAGAAUAAAAGUGAUAUUGGCGUAUUGGAAAAUGUCGACGCCUUCUUUAUGGAGCUUAUGUAAUAGGAUUCCGUUCAGCAAUGAUUUCCAGUAGUCCUGUAAUAAAGCCGGAGCUCAUGCAGCAGUGCUCUGAUGUUAACAGCUGAAGUGAGGUCCUUCACGUGGGAUUAGACACAUAACCAGGUCUACAGUAGGCCACCGCAGGAUUAGCAGAGACCUGCUGCUGAUUCAUUCAGUUGGUAAAGGAAGUCAGCUGACUUUUGUUUCUGCCUGUGCAUGUUUAUGACCUCAUGUUGUGCUUUUUCAGGUCUGACUCAAUGCCGUUUGUCAAAUGAGCAUUGUGCGCCCGUUGUGUAAAUAGGGAAGUUACGUGACGUCCAUAGCUCGUCAUUUACAGCAAACCUGUAUUGAUUGUGUUGGUGUGGGAUCUCAGAUUGACGUAAAACACAUGGAAGAGCCCCCCCCCCCCGCAUCGGAGAAAUCUAAGAUUAAUUGCACUAAAAUGGAUGGACAUGGCACUGGGCGAAAGCAGCCGUUAAGUAGCAUGUGUCACGUCCUUUAAUCCCAAACGGUCCUGUGCUCACCGGCCUCUCCCCCUGCUGCUGCUGCUGUGUGUUGUCUGAUUCUGAGGAUUGCUGUGACAACUUAGUUUAAUCACCGUGUGUCACAGCAACCCUCCUCCUGAACUGGAGAGGCAGGGAUUGUACUUGACCUAACACUUCUAAUGGUUAUGAUAUCGUCACUGGAGUAAUAUGAUGAGAUGAUCACUGGAAAAUAAAAAUAAAGUCUGUCGUAUAUAAAACAGCCAAAUAACAAUGUCAGAUGACGCAUGGUGUAACGUUACGUUACCAGAACGUUUUUUUGUUUUUUUAAAAGAUAUUUUUGUGUCUUUUAUUGCCUUUAUUAGAGCAGCUGCAGAAUGAGUGGAGAGGGUUCGACCGGUCAGAUUACCACCGACAGAAACCCUUUGUGUAUGUGUUUGUAGGCCUCAUGUAUCAGUGCUGUCUUGUCCCUGCUGCCGUCUUGACAAAGCGCUUGGGGAUGAUUUUUCUCUUUCUGAAAAGUGUUUGUGCAGACCAGAUUUACCGCUGCGAUAAGCCAGCCCACUUCCAAUUUUCCGAAUUUACACAGCAACACAUUGUUGGGUCUCCGUGUUCUCCCACACUGAAGAGAAUGGUUUAGCUCCACCCUGAAAUCCACGCUUUGAUGGAGCGUCACAAGAGAAUGGUUGCUCGCCGUCAAAGCGUGGAUUUCCCCCAAACAGGGUGGAGCUAAACGUUAUGCAGAUCGAUGUGUUUCUGUAACCGAUUACGUCAUACAAGUCUUUUAAGAUUGUGAACAAUUGUGCGAUCAAACUUUCUAGAAAGUCUGAAAUCUCAGCAGCCGUUGGGGACACAGGAGUGAGUGUUAUUAAUACUGCUGAAGUCCACAUGGAUGUAUAUUAUUGACAUUAAAUAGAGAGGGACCUGCUCACACCCUUCAGUGAACGGUGGAUGUUCUCCUGUCUGUGUGCAGGAGGAGCGAGGCGGGCCGCGGCCUCGUCUCUGCCACAUGAAGAAGGGAGCCAGCGGCUACGGCUUCAACCUGCACAGCGAGAAGUCCAAACCGGGCCAGUUCAUCCGAGCGGUGGACGACGACUCUCCGGCACAGAGAGUGGGCGUGAAACAGCGGGACAAGCUCGUCCAGGUCAAUGGCAUGACAGUGAUCGGCAUGCAGCACUCGGAGGUGGUCGCGGCCAUCAAGGCGGGAGGAGACGAGACCACGCUGCUGCUGGUGGACGCCGAGGCCGACGACUAUUUUAAGAGAUGCAACGUCCUGCCCACGGAGGAACACGUCAGCGGACCUCUUCCUGAGCCAGUGUCAGAGAGAGCAUCAGAGGAGGAGGAGGAGGAGGUUAGUACACACACACACACACACACACAGAUAGUGGCCUGGAAAAGCCCCACUGAUUCUCUCUGGACAUUCCUGGUAGCAGAUUAGAAGUUCUGGACAGUGUUGUGAAGCACUCCGUCUGUCUUCAUGUGUUUCCUGUUUCAAGACUGCACUGUUAAACUCCAAAACACACGUGUUAUAAAACAUUUGUAACUUUUAGUUACAGCGCAUACUGUAACUGCCACGUCGGUGGAUCGAUUCUAGGCAGAGACCUGCGUCACAUGUCUCUCUUUACUGUAGAAUACAUCAUGUAUGUUUAGACUGGUGAAGAGACUCUUCUACACUCAUGUCCCAUUGACAGUUAAUGCAGUGUUGGUCAGUUCACAUCAAGGUAGCCCAGCAACAUUGCAUCACGUGAUAAAACAGAGGACAACCUUAAUCCCAGCUGAUAAUGGUACUAUGACUAGUUAUGACUAUACUAAUCAAACACUUCUAAAGGGUAUUGUAGCAUUAAAUAUUACGCGUUCAUAAAGUUUGAGACACAGAUUUAAAAGCUGCUCAGAAUUGAGAAUCGAGAGCAGAAGCAGAGAUCCCCUGACUUCAGCUCCAAGUUUGGGUCAAGAUCCAAAAACACUGGAUCUUACACUUUCCAUGAUGCAUCAUGUGUUUGAUGCUCAGUGCUCAGUUUGUAACUGGGGAUAAUCACUGAGCUAAUUGUUUGGCUGUGAAUGUAUUUUAAAGAUUUUGGAACUUCUUGCAUUGCUGCUCAAGAAAGACUAAUGUCGAUUCAUUUUGUUUAUUAAUUAUCUUUUUUUCUCACAAUAUAAGAGUAAUCGAUGAGAGUACUAGUAUUGAUCAAAUCCUAACGAUACCCAUCCCUCAUCACUAUGACAUCAUCAUGGGUAUUGUUCCAGACUUAAUUAAGCUCCUCCCUCAGAGCCACAGAAGACAUAAUAAAACAGUUUUUAUAAUUUCUAGUAGUACCCAUCAUCAUCAUGUGUAACAUCAGAGGAAUGCUCCUUUAAUGAAGCACUCUGUAUUAAGCAACAUGUGUUGUUGUGACAGUCCACAGACACCGCAAGGCGCCUUUAUCAAAAGUAAACACUCUCCACCUCCUCUCUACACACACACGCACACACACAUUGGAAAAGUGGAUUGGCCCCUCUGGUGACAUUGUGGCUGACCCUUCACCAUGGCAACAAGAGCUCACCAGUGUGAGUUUCCGUCUCUGUCUCUCCCCUCCGUGUCCUGGAGGAUCAUGGGAUUGAAGUGGCAUUAAUACUCAGGGUAAAUUGGGGAUUAUGCUAAUGAGAAGACUAACGAGCGCUGUUCACGUACCCACACAUGCAGUUUCUACUCUACUGCAGCAACAAUAACUGUGCGUGCGUGCGUGCGUGCGUGCGUGCUUCUACUGUUCAGUGGAGCAGCUCAGGUCCAACCGUUGGCAUGAAACACUCCUUGACAAAUAGUCAUUGGCCCUCAUGGGCCUCAUGUGUGCAUGUUCUUACUUACUGUUUAAAGUUUUAAAUAGUUUAAAUUAGUUUAAAGUUUAGGUUUAGUUGACUUUGCGCGAGGUGGAGGCAGAAACACUUCUGUGAAGAGUUUCCACAGGAGCCACAAUGAUGGUGAAUGUUGUCUCCUAGGAUACGGACUGUGGCCCAGGUAAAAAAAAAAAAAAAGAAAAGGUUUGAUAUUAAAGUUGGUGCUAAAACACAAUACAGCAGACCAGAAGCAAACAAAGGAAACAGGUGGAGGACGAGGCCCACAGUAUUUGUCCAAUAAGACCCGUCGCAAUUUAUCUCCAGUCAUCCAUAAGUGUGACAUGUCCAAGAAACGAGGCUGAAAGUGAUGAACCAGCACAGACUUCCACCCAGAGUCCUUUACUUCAUACUUGUGUUAGUGCUGCACCGACAAGUUGGAAGCAUAAUUCAUGAUGUUGACAUUCAGAAAUGAAGUGUUUCUUAUUUUUGCAUGUCAGUUCAUUCUGUUUAAAGCCGGUAUUCCUGCAGUUUCAGAUAAAGAUCAGGCUCCACUGUCAGUAUUCUACUAUUUGUAGAACUAGAAUCCAGUGGUGGCUGCGUACGAUUGUUCCUCACUUGUGUGAACAUUUUUAAUAACUCAAAGAGCGUUUUGUAAACUUAAGAAUUAUUAAAUAAAAGAUGGAUGUAAUCAUUUCCAAAAUUCAUAUUUUUAUCUAACAAAACGUUCAGCUUCAGUCCUUAUUUGUUGCCAUUUAGCCUUUUGAAACAACAUUUUCACUGUUUGCUCUCCUGCUGACCAGCAAGCAUCCGACUAACAGCAGUCUAGCAGCACAUGAAUUACGUUUAUGGAACCACAAUAACACUAUCUAUUUUAUUUUUUAUUUUUAUUUGGUGUCAUAAAAUGUGACGGGCAUUCCAAGCUUCACUUAAAAAACCCUCAAUAGAGGCUUUGAAAUACAAAGUGUUCUUAAUUAUUCUUAAGAGGGUGUUGACUUCAUAGUUAUGGAAUACAUUCGGCUAAAUCAUUAGUAAAUUAAUGGUUUUAAAUAUUGUUAAAAUAUCUAUUAAAGUCCUUUUUUCCCAAAUUGACUUUGUUUUAAUAUGGGAUGCAUUUAGUGAAACGGUGUGUUUCCCUUCAGACAGCCGGCCAGGCUUUCAUCACUUCAGCGUACACGAGCUCUGAGGCUACAUCAACACGACUCCGUUUAAAACUAAAGCGAUCUCCGUCCACACGGCGUUUCAGCAUCGUUUUCGAAUUGAUCUCCGUCCAGACUAACACGCCUGAAAAUGAA